AUGUCGACUUCGAAAACAUUGAAAAAGAUUAUCUACGCUCUAGUAUCCGCGUUUCUGUGCAUCCGAAUCCUGCGCCGACUAUGGCCUCAACAUGAACAUCAAGAACAUCUCGAACCAGGCCCACUUUGCGCCUCAGGAGUCGUGUACACAGUCCAGAAAGGCGAUACCUGCGAUAGCAUUUCUCUCGCACACAAAGUCCCCUCUCACGGGUUGUGGGAGGCGAACAAAGAAUCUAUCGUGAUAUGCGACUUCCUGGACAGCCACGUCGGGAUGCAACUCUGCAUACCGUUCUCGUGCAGAGAGGUCUACAAGGCUCAGGAAGGCGAUACCUGUGAGAGUAUCGAGCAGACGCACGCAGAGGUCUUGCGUGGCGAGAGCUUUAUAAAGCUCAAUCCGUGGCUGCAGCGUGCUUGGCUUUGUGACCAGCUUGAGUCAGGCUCGUAUUAUUACGGCAAGACGUUUUGUCUGGGCUAUCAGGGUGGGUUCUUUGGGACUACGGAAGAUGUCCCGAAUCCGGUGUUUCUUGACGAAAACCGUGAUCCUGUCCAUCUUGGUGGCUCUGCAAAUGGGCAGAAUCGGUUGAUUGCGCACACAUGA